AGUACCGCUGACAUAAGAGACUUCCCCUACUCCGCUUGCGCCAAUCAUGUCCUCUGAUGUCCUCUUACGGCACGUGUGGACAGUACGUGCGAAGUGUGCGCCGUGAGGUCGACAUAACCUCAAAGCGCGUCAUUAUGCGUAAUCGAGCCGCGACGGGCGGCCUGUGAGCGUUUUGAGGUCGUCGCGCACGGAAUCGCGCGCGCACGUCAUCGCCUCACCGUUUGCCUCUAAUUGAAAGAAACAGGGAGACAUGGCGAUCGCCAACGUCUUAUUACGGCUGGACGUCGCGAGGUUUACCGGAGUCAGACACUUAAGUACAAAACCAAAAUUUGGUUUACUUUUUGAUAUUGAUGGCGUCAUAAUACGAGGCAAAGAAAUACUACCACCCGUGAAAGAGUCUUUCAAACGGCUACAAGGAGGCAAUGGAAAAUUUCGCAUUCCCACGCUGUUCGUCACCAACAGUGGGAAUUCACUGCGCAGUCAGAAAGCGGCGGAGCUGUCAAAAUGGAUAGGCGUCGAAGUCACGGAAUCGCAAGUCGUGUUGGCUCACUCACCAUUACAAAUGUUCGACUAUCUUCAUAACAAACAAGUUCUCAUAUCUGGUCAAGGUCCAAUAACUGAUAUAGCUCGAGAACUGGGCUUCAAGAAGACGACAACUAUAGAGGAGCUAGUAAAAAAUUUUCCAUGCUUAGAUUAUAUAAACGUGAACAAGAGAAAUCCGAUUUGUGGUCCAAUCGAUCCAAAUUUUCCACAAAUUGAGGGAAUCUUGCUCUUGAGCGAGCCUGUAAUUUGGGAAACAUCAUUGCAAUUAAUGGUAGAUCUUCUAGUUACCAAUGGGAUGCCCACAGGAUUGCCUACUGCUCUUCCAUACCCGCACAUUCCAGUGUUGGCAUGCAACAUGGAUUUGCUGUGGGCGUCGCAGGCACCGAUCCCCCGAUACGGCCACGGUGCUUUCUUAUUGUGUCUUGAAAACUUGUACAAAAAAGUCACAGGGAAAGACAUGACAUACACUGCUCUAGUUGGAAAGCCUAGUGAAAUUACAUAUUACCAUGCUAAUCAAAUGCUCGUUAAUCACGCUAGAAGCAUUGGCAUUGACAAUAUCGAUACAAUUUAUGCUAUUGGCGACAAUAUUAAUACCGAUAUUUUCGGGGCGAAUCUAUAUGACAAAUAUUUAUCCCACUACGAGUCUGGAGAGGGUACCAAGUCCCGAAGCCUGGAGAAGCUCCUUGGCAAGAACUUGAGGGACCCCAGCGCGAAGGCCUGCAUUAGUAUUUUAGUCGAGACCGGCGUGCACCAGCGAGAUUCCCAAUUUAUACCUGAACAUAGUCCCAGGGAUUUCUUGCCGGUCGACGAUGGUCUAUGUAAGCCGGCAUUUAUCGUAAAAGACGUCGGACAUGCUAUCAAUCUUGCGUUUAAAGAAGAGAAGUUUGAAUAAGUUAGCAUAAUAGAUAGCCUUGGGAUAUUCGUAUCCUUAUAUCAUCAGAGAAAAAGAGAAGGAGAGAGAAUGAAAGAGAGACAGAGAGAAGAGUGUGCAAGUAACGUGAGUAUUAUAAGCAAAUAAUCUCUCUUUUAGAAGUGUUAGUCUUUAUUAUAGACGACGUUUCGCAGUAAAGAAACAGAAAAUAGCAAGAGAGGCUAUAAAUAUAAUACGUUAUGAAAAUAUUAUAUAUUUAGUUUGCUCCUUUCUCAGUAUCUUUCUUAUUCUUUUUAACUGCCUAUUUAACAAAAGAAAAAUAUAUUCUAACUCUUCUUGUGAAUUUCAUUAAUUAAAAAAAAAUUAAUUACGCGAAAACGAAAUAAAUUCUCAGAUUAAUUUAUAUUGUAAAUAGUGAAAUAAAAAAGAAUAUUGCCAUAUUGUACAUACAGUUGAGUCGAUAAACAGACGUACAUAUAUGAAAGAUUUUUAGUAUGUUACGACGUACAUAUAUGAAAGAUUUUUAGUAUGUUUACGACAACUGAAAUAUAACUUUGUUCAGACAACGGUCUGAUGCACGCCCCAGGCAUAAUUUGAUAUCUAUUUAACGCUAAAAUUUCACUAGAUGAUUCGUGUACGAUGUACACGAAUUCUAAGUGUACAUUUUGUUACAGAUGAUUCUGUCGUAGUUGUAUCGUAAACUGAUUGUGAGCUGAACAUACUUUGUCCGCAAAGUAUACUGUGCAUUAUGCCUCUCUUAAUCGAAAGCAAUGCAAGAUAUAUAAAAGUGAUAUAUACAACACUCCUAAUAUAGAUAAAUAAUAAAUAAUAGGCAUAUAGCAACUUUGAUUGGACGCACUAGUGCACAUUGUUGCACAUUAAAUAAAUCAACAAAAAAUCAAUAAAUAGAUUAAACUGCGAAAUAUCGUCAUUUUACUUAGUGUACCGUUUGAAGAAAUAUGUAUUUUAUUAUUUGACACAUUUGCAUUUCAUUUUUACACUUAUAUUAAAUCAGUGCUUUAAUGUGCAUUAGUACGCACGAGUGAAGUCCAAUCAAAUUCGCUAUUUUGAUCCAAUUUGAUGCUUUUAAAAUUUGCAGCUGGCAUACAUUGUGUUCCGAGGAUUAUAUGCAAAAGUAUAAUCUAUAUUAAAAGUAAUACACGUAUAGAUUAUACUUUAAAAUAUAUGUAUGUAUACUACAUAUAUAGUCAGGUCUAGUCUUAAAAUGCAGCUCGUUAGCGAAUAAAUAACAAAAACAUAGAAGGAUUUUUGUUGUUACAUAGACUAAGACCAAGGAAAAUUGUUGCCUUUGGUUGCGCAAACAAAUCUAUUAAAGUCUAUUAAAUAAAUUCGAAACAAUCGACGAGAAUUUAUUCUACGAAAUUACGUUAUUGAUUUGUAGAAGCAAGAACUGGUAUAUAGGAUUUUUAAAAGAUUUUUUUUUUACAAUAUUUCAACACCGCUUCUUAAUUUUGAAGAUCUGAAAUUUAUCUCUACUGAAUAAAUUCCUGUCCAUUCUUCUCUCAUUAAUUUCUUUUUGUAUAAAAUAUCUCGAGAUGUGUAGAUAAUAUUUUAGAAACUGAUUACUCAACAUUUUUACUAAAGUUAAUCGAUUCUAAAUUAAAAUUAUAAAACUUAUCCUUAAAGUGCCAUUUGUGCGUGCUCAGACAGCUUGCGUAUAAAAGUCGCAUGAAUUAACGAGUUAAUCCGAAGGUAAAAGCGCACAUUUAUAUUUUGUACUUGUUGCCCUUACGGCGCAAUUUUGACACAACGAUAAAAUCAAAUAAUAAUCACUAACAACGCGUUAAUGUCUGUCGAGAUAAAGACUGACCAGUUAAAUAAGCUUUAAAUGAACAUCACGAACAAACCGGCUUACUAUUCAUUCGCGACAAUGAGGUAUCGUGCAACGGUCAAAGCUACAGCGAUCACAUGCCAAUAAAAGCUUCUGCCUCUGUCGCCAGAAUCACUUAAUAGUUAAAUAAAAAAAAGAGAUACAUUAUACUAAUAUAAACACACUCAUGCAUAUACAUAUUAUGUAUAUGAUCUCUUAAAUGAUUUUGUAAAAUUAUACAUUAUACAUAUAUUUUUUUAUUGUUAAAAUUUAUAUAUGUUUGUAUUAUAUAUUAUAUUUGUAAUAUAUACAUGUAUAUGUAAUUAUUUAUAUAUUUCACAUUCACCCACAUGCAUAAUAUAUACCUUAGUAUAGUGGAUCUCUCUUAUAUCAAGACAGUUAUUAUAUGUGUAGGAAAUGUCGCACUUUAUCAAUGGCAAUAUUAAUAAUAUAUCUCCUUAUUAUCAAAUGUAGAAUUCUCAUGUAGCCUCUGUGACUUUUAUGGAGCAAAUUAGAAUUUAUUUUAAUAAAUCGCAGGUUUAUUUAUUUAAAUCA